AUGGCCAGGUGUAUGGCGCUCCUCGCGACCCUGCCCGUCGUGGCGGGCUUCGCCGUGCGGAGCGGGAUGUCGGCGCCGGCGCGAUCGCUCCGGUCGCUGCGGCGGUCGACGACGGUGGCGACGGCGACGAUGGGUCUCAAGGACCAGAUCGGGAACAUCUUCGUGCCGCCGCCGCCGCCGCCGCCGGCCACGGUCGUCGAGGGCGCGGCGCACUUCCGCAUGCUCGGCGUGCCGCCGAGCGCGGAGUACGACGAGGUGCAGGCGGCCGUCGCGCACCUCAAGGCCAAGUACGCGGGCGACACGAAGAAGCUGCUGAAGAUCGACGUGGCCAAGGACAAGAUCUCGGAGCUGCGCCUGCGCCAGCGCGUGUCCGGCUCCUUCGGGGUCACGGCGGAGGUCGCGGCGCGCGACCGCGAGCUCGAGAACUACGACAGCCAGGCGCUGAACCGCGCGAUGACCAAGGCGACGCCCAAGUUCGUCAAGAAGAUCCCCUACAUGUACAAGCCCUUCUGGAAGAUCGGCGACCUCAAGAACUCCAAGGACCGCGAGCUCGGCAUGGCGCACGUGAAGAUGUCGGGCCUCUACUGGCUCGGCUUCGCGUUCGGCGCGCUCUUCUUCCCCGGCGGCAUCAACUACCUCAAGUUCGGCGCGCCCCUCAUCUUCGUGUCCCACCUCGCCCAGCGCGGCCAGCCGCCCGUGAACCGCAAGGCCAACGGCAUGGUCGCCGAGGUCCGCGACCCCAUCUACCACGACUACGUCUGGGGCGCCCUCUUCCUCGUCGCCCACUCCAUCGUCGGGCUCUGCCUCGCGAACCUCGUCGUGCCCUACAUGGACUUCCUCCGCCCGAAGCAGACGCGCUUCCUCAUCGUCACGGGCUUCAUGGCGCUCGCGGACACGAUCUGGCAGCCCCACAUCGAGAAGUGA